CUUGAUGCUUCUUAUAUAUUUGUAUGAUAUACAAACUUCUGAAAAUGUGUGCGCUAGAUAGAGCUUAUAUCUGAGUACCGCGUGACAGCCGUAAGUUAAAAUGUGCAAGAUAACGUUUAUGUUGUUGUUUCUGCUGACGUCAAUCCAAACAUCAACAGGGUAUCAGCUUAAUGUUACUGGAUGGCGCCUGGCCGGUACAAAUGGACCAUAUCAUGGUAGAGUCGAAUUAGAAGUGAAUGGCACAUGGGGAACAAUCUGUUCACGAGGAUUCUAUGGCUGGCAAUCAGCGGCUGUUAUAUGCAAUAUGCUAGGAUUACGAUAUUACACAUACUAUUAUAAUGCACGUUAUGGGCCAGGCGAAGGUCCAAUAUACAUAGAGAGUCUACAAUGUACCAGCCAAUCCUAUACAGAUAUAAACGACUGCAAAUAUGUUGCAAACAACUACUACGGAGCAUGUUCGCAUGCAGAAGAUUUAUCAGUGAUCUGCCUUGGUCCAUUUUUGAAUAUAACGGAUGUGCGAUUAACAAAUGGAACAGGGCUUUACGACGGUAGGGCAGAAAUCAAAGUUAACGACACAUGGGGAACUAUUUGCGAUUCCAAUUUUGAUUACAGAGAUGCGGAGGUGUUUUGUAAUAUGCUUGGACUUAAAGCGAGGAAAUUCUUUACCGGGGCAUUGUAUGGAGAAGGAGGUGGGCCGAUUUAUAUUGAUCAACUUUUCUGUAACAAUUAUGAUGCUGUUCUAAAUGAAUGCCAGUAUUUGUUUCUUAAUGAAUGCAGUCAUAGCAGAGAUGUCUCUAUAGUAUGUUAUGGUCCGAUUCUGAAUAUAACGGAUGUGCGAUUAACAAAUGGAACAGGGCCUUACGACGGUAGGGCAGAAAUCAAAGUUAACGACACAUGGGGAACUAUUUGCGAUUCUCAUUUCUAUAACAGAGAGGCGGAGAUAUUUUGUAAUAUGCUUGGACUUAAAGCGAGGAAAUUCUUUACCGGGGCAUUGUAUGGAGAAGGAGGUGGGCCGAUUUAUAUUGAUCAACUUUUCUGUAACAAUUAUGAUGUUGUUCUAAGUGAUUGCCAGUAUUUGUUUCUUAAUGAAUGCAGUCAUAGCAGAGAUGUCUCUAUAGUAUGUUAUGGUCCGAUUCUGAAUAUAACGGAUGUGCGAUUAACAAAUGGAACAGGGCCUUACGACGGUAGGGCAGAAAUCAAAGUUAACGACACAUGGGGAACUAUUUGCGAUUCUCAUUUCUAUAACAGAGAGGCGGAGAUAUUUUGUAAUAUGCUUGGUCUUAAAGCGAGGGAAUUCUUUACCGGGGCAUUGUAUGGAGAAGGAGGUGGGCCGAUUUAUAUUGAUCAACUUUUCUGUAACCAUUAUGAUGCUGUUCUAAGUGAUUGCCAGUAUUUAUUGUUUAAUGAAUGCAGCCAUAGCAGAGAUGUCUCUAUAGUAUGUUAUGGUCCGAUUCUGAAUAUAACGGAUGUGCGAUUAACAAAUGGAACAGGGCUUUACGACGGUAGGGCAGAAAUCAAAGUAAACGACACUUGGGGGACUAUUUGCGAUUCUAAUUUUGAUAACAGAGAUGCGGAGGUGUUUUGUAAUAUGCUUGGACUUAAAGCGAGGAAAUUCUUUACCGGGGCAUUGUAUGGAGAAGGAGGUGGGCCGAUUUAUAUUGAUCAACUUUUCUGUAACCAUUAUGAUGCUGUUCUAAGUGAUUGCCAGUAUUUAUUGCUUAAUGAAUGCAGCCAUAGCAGAGAUGUCUCUAUAGUAUGUUAUGGUCCGAUUCUGAAUAUAACGGAUGUGCGAUUAACAAAUGGAACAGGGCUUUACGGCGGUAGGGCAGAAAUCAAAGUUAACGACACUUGGGGAACUAUUUGCGAUUCUAAUUUUGAUUACAGACAUGCGGAGAUGUUUUGUAAUAUGCUUGGACUUAAAGCGAGGAAUUUCUUUACCGGGGCAUUGUAUGGAGAAGGAGGUGGGCCGAUUUAUAUUGAUCAACUUUUCUGUAACCAUUAUGAUGCUGUUCUAAGUGAUUGCCAGUAUUUGUUUCUUAAUGAAUGCAGUCAUAGCAGAGAUGUCUCUAUAGUAUGUUAUGGUCCGAUUCUGAAUAUAACGGAUGUGCGAUUAACAAAUGGAACAGGACGUAACGAUGGUAGGGCAGAAAUCAAAGUUAACGACACUUGGGGAACUAUUUGCGAUUCUAAUUUUGAUAACAGAGAUGCGGAGGUGUUUUGUAAUAUGCUUGGACUUAAAGCGGUGAGAUUCUUUAUCGGGGCAUUGUAUGGAGAAGGAGGUGGACCGGUUUAUAUUGAUCAACUUUUCUGUAACAGAUAUGAUGUUGUUCUAAGUGAUUGCCAGUAUUUGUUUCUUAAUGAAUGCAGUCAUAGCAGAGAUGUUUCUAUAGUAUGUAAUGAGUGCGGGGAGCCAGACAACUCUCAUUGGGAUGCUGGAUAUUUUACAUACAAUGGUUCAACUUUGUAUGCUGACUGCUCCUACUAUAAAACAUAUUUAGGCAUAUUAAAGAUGACUUGUGACAAUGUUACACAGACAUGGAAAACAGAAGGAGAAUGUCAAGAAUAUGGCUAUCCAUUAGUUAUCACUGAAAUAAAACUGUCAGGGGGAAAUUCAACAUCAAAUGGUAGGGUGGAAAUCAAAUCUAUGGACACCUGGGGAACAGUAUGUGACCAUGGUUUCGGUAAAAAUGAAGCCGACACAAUAUGCACAAUGAUUGGCUUCCCUCCUGCUGCCUCAUUUUACCACGGUGCCUACUUUGGCGAAGGUUCUGGUCCAAUAUUUGUUGAUGAUUUACAAUGUGAAGAUAAUUCUACACAUAUCAACAAUUGUAGUUACGUCACCUAUGAUAAUUGCUAUCACUUCAACGACGUUUCUGUUGUUUGCACAGAAUGCCCCUCGCCAAAGCCUACAAAUGGAAGCAUAAAUUCCUCAUCUACACAUUACCUUGCUGAUGUGACGGUCACGUGUGACGACGGAUACAAUUUGAUUGGUGAUUCUGUAAUACGUUGUGAACUUAAUGCGACAUGGAGCAGCAGUCCAACUUGCAAAUUGAUAGACUGCGGCGACCCAACACCUUUGUUUGGAUCUACUAACACAACAUCUACAACAAACGGAACUGUUGCCAUGGUUUCAUGUAACAAAGGAUAUGAAAUACAAGGCAAAACCGUAAUAAUGUGUCAACCUAAUGAGGAAUGGACAGAUAACCCCUCGUGCAUCAUCAAAGAUUGUGGUAUACCAAAUCCUGCCAAUGCAGAGGCGACACUUACCGAGAAUAAAACAACAUAUGGAGAAACUGCUGUUGUUUCUUGUUAUGAUGGGUAUCAACCAGAUGGUACUUAUCUUGUUUCCUGUUUAGCUAAUGGAACUUGGGAAACCUGGCCUGAAUGCACAAGCGUCGAUUGCGGGGACCCAGCACCAAACAAAGGAAAAUCAAAUGUCACAGUGUUCACUUAUGGCACUGUUGCUAAAAUUGAGUGUGAACCAGGUUUCAACAUAUCUGGUGAUUCCAUGAUAAUUUGUCAGUCCGAUGGAACAUGGAGUGAUAAUCCAGUUUGCGAUACAUCGGACUGUGGCGUAUUGGCUGUACCUAAUGGCAAGGUUGACGAUUCAUUGGGCACAACUAUUGGUUCAAACGUACGCGUGACUUGCAACAUGGGUUACAAUUUGAUUGGUCCGAGUCAAAUAACUUGUACACAAAAAGGCUGGAAUGAAACUGUUGCAUGCGAGAUCAAAGAUUGUGGAAAUUUGUCCUUAGCAAAUGGAGAAGUGGUAUUUAAAUCUCAAAGUACUUUGUUUGGAGACAUUGUGGACGUGUCAUGUGACACAGGAUAUGACUUAAAUAGCAGCAAUGUGAUAACUUGCUUAUCAAAUGGGCAAUGGAGUGAAACUCCUUAUUGCAAAAUUGUCAAUUGUAAUGAUUUGGAACAGCCUGACAACGGUGCAAUGAAUGCCACGAACGGUACAACAUUUAACUCCAGAGUCAGGUUCAGGUGUAACACCGAUUUCCUUCUUGUUGGUAGCGAAACUGUCGUCUGUAAAAGUGAUGGAAAAUGGAGUGGUGAUACACCACGUUGUGUAGCGAAAUCACCAAAUGGUGGACACUGUAUUUCAAGCGAGUAUUGUUUACUAGAAGGAUCUGUAUGUGAAAAUAGCGUAUGUGUUUGCAAAACCGACAUCUUCGAUAUGAUAAGCAAGAAAUGUGAUAUAAUGCCCCUUCUUCUGUACGGGAGCAAUGCUGCAGACAUACAACUGAAGACAACAGAUGAUUGUGGGCCUCGGAUAACCUUUAAUCCUGGAAUACCAGUCUUCGGAAAGACCCAUAAAAAUUUAUACGUUUGCUCCCACGGAAUCGUCAGUUUUGACAAUGCAUAUAUUGGCAAACAUCCUGCAAAAAAAUCUAAAAUAUUAUCAGAUCUCGAAGGUCAAGACGUUUUGGCUCCGUUUCACGCGCCGUUUAGGUUGAAGCAAUCUGGGGGAAUUUACUUCAGGACAUAUGACAUUUUGAAAUCUUAUUCUAACAUAGAAACAGACGAGUCUGUAAAAUAUAUUGACAAAAUUAUUAAAAGAUUAGGAGGAAUUGACAACUUUAAAUCAAAAUUUGCUUUAAUUGCGACAUGGCACGAAGUCAAGCCGCAGAUGAGCCAGUUUGACAGAGAAACGAAAUCAACAUUCCAGUUAGUAUUGGCUACAAAUGGAAGUCAUACUUUUACAUUUUAUAUAUACGGACAUGAUCAGAUAAACUGGAUAACAACUCUAUCAAAACCUCGAGUUUGGAUUGGUUAUUCUUUCAGUUCUUCAAAUUAUUUCACUCACCCGUAUGCAUAUACAAGGGACAUGUUUAAACGUCUGGAUGCCAGGAUAUCAGUUCCUCCUCGUUCAAAAUCAGACGUAUCUGGCAUAGUCUUUAAGCAAUUAUACCGCAAUGAAAAUAUCAGACAAAAUAACGCAGUUAACUGCAUCAACUGGUAUAACGAGAAUAAAGAUCAAAAAAGAUAUUUUGACUACAUAGCAAGUCUGACCCCCGAAUGUCCUUGUGACAUAAGAUUGUCAAGGUUCGAUCCAUGGUUUUGGCAGAUUGGACUUCAUCGGAAUCGCAAAGAUAAAUCACAUUAUUGUGUUGACAUGCUUCACAGGGGGAACUUUGGACAUUUUGGAAAGUCAUGUUGCUAUGACCUUAAAACAUGGCUGUGGGUUCAUCAGCGUCCAAUUGCUGGUGGUUUCCAACUUUAUCACCCAAAGAUACAAAAAGAACACUUGAAGCAUGACCUUGAGCCGAAAGAAAAUUGUUGUAUGAAGUCAAAUUAUUGUAGUCUGUAUUACUCACUUAGACCACCUGGAAGCUGCUACAAAAUCACCCCUUAUAGACUUGGAACCUUUUGGGGUGACCCACAUUUUGCAACACUAGACGGUUUGAAUUUCACAUUUAAUGGAAUCGGAGAGUUCGUUCUUUUACACGUCUCGACUGAGAAUAUUACAUUCGAUCUCCAGGCGAGAACAGACAGAACAUUAAAGAAAGACGGUAACCUAACAGAUGCUACUGCAUUUACGGCGUUCGCUGCAAGAGACAAUACCAAUGCAUCUGUACAUGUGGAGCUAAACAAAGCACGGAACGGCUUGAUAAUUUAUGCUAAUCAAGUGGACAUAACAAGUCAAUACAAUGCUGGCUCUUAUAAAGAUUUGGAUGUUCCCUUUACAUAUUCAACUCCCGAAGCCAAUCUUAUUCUGGCACGAAGGGAUAAUGUAUUAAGCGUUCUUUUUCCAACUUCAGGCAUAUCGCUGAACAUAUCUGUUAGUUUACAAAUGUUGUCUAUCAGCACCAUUAUACCAACUACACUGAGAAACGUCACAAGCGGACUUCUUGGUAACUUUGAUGGAAAUCCAUACAACGAUUUGAUGAUGCCUAAUGGCACUGUUAUAAACGCAAAUUCUUCAGAGAGACAAAUAUUUGAUUACGGGAAGACAUGGGAAAUUGAUGAAAAGAAGCUUAUUUUUGUGUAUGAAGAUGGCAAAUCGCAUGGAGAUUAUCAAAAUAAUUCCUUCACUCCAAGAUUUCUUGAUGAGAUUGAUGUUAAUCAACUGGCACAAGCAGAGCAAGACUGUAACGGUGCCGAGAAUAUUGAAUGUGUGUUUGAUCUCGUAUUCACAGAAAAUAAAGAUGUUGCAAAUGCUACUAGAAUUUUAAAGACUGAAGCGGAUCUGGACAGACAUGAAAUUAAUGAAACUCAACCCACACUUACUGGAUGUGAAAAUAUCAAUGCAACUUUAGGACAGAAAGUAACAUGCCCAUUAAGUUUUGAAGAUGGACACGAUAUUUAUUUUAUAGCUAAUAACGCAAAUGCUCAGAUAAACAAAACAUUGUCGACAGUGGAAUACACGCAGUCCGACACCGACCCAGUUGAUAUUCAAGUUGCUGUGAGGAAUAGUAAUGGUCGUUCUUCGCCCGGCAUUGUUAUAAAUGUCCUACUGUGUACUGGCUGUAGUGGACAUGGUGUUUGUUCUAAUGUUAUUAGAGAUGAUCAGCAACAAACAGAGUACUUUAAAUAUUUCGAAUGUAUCUGCGAAUCUCCAUAUGAUGGUCCUAACUGUGAAAAUGAAAAAGAUUGGUGUUCAACGAAUCCUUGUUCAUUAGAAAGAGAAUGUACAACUCUAAGUGCCAAAGAACAGCUUAGCGAAGGCAAGUCCUAUAUUUGCGCUGAAUGUCCUGAGGGAUACGUUAAGGACAUGAACGAUUCUGAUAUCGACGAGUGUAUAGAUGUUGAUGAAUGUUCUGAAAAGACAACAUAUUGCGAACACAUAUGUGUAAACACGGAGGGUAGUUUUGAAUGUUCAUGCUACACUGGGUAUCGACUUAGUGCAAGGAACAUAAGCAAGUGUAAUGAUAUAAAUGAAUGCGAAGAAGCCUUGGAUAAUUGUUCACAUCUAUGUGUAAACAAUCCAGGUGGGUUCUCCUGCCAAUGUCAUGAUGGAUAUAAACUUCAAGAUGACGGUUCGAAUUGUGUUGCUGAUACAGCGACAGGCGUUUGUAAUUCCUCUAGUGAAAGUAAAUGCGCAAACACUGGUGGGUGUACUCUCGAAGCUAAUGGAAUUGCAAAAUGUUUCUGUGACAGAGGGUUGGAGUUGGAUGCUAUAGGUAUCGCUUGUAAUGAUAUAGAUGAAUGUGCACAGAAUGUUUGUGCCCAAUUAUGCACGAAUAAUCAUGGAAGCUUCACCUGUUCUUGCUUUACCGGUUAUUAUUUGAACGGAUUAACCAACUGUGAAGCAUGUGCUGCUACACGAUGGGGUGAUAACUGUGAAAACGAAUGUGUUUGCACUGGUAGAGGUGCGCAAAUAUGUGACCCUGUAAAAGGAUGUCUGUGUGAUGCCGGAUGGGAAGGCGAUACUUGUGAUGAAGACAUCAACGAAUGUGACGUCGCUAAUAAUUUGCAAAGAUACCCGAAUGAAGAAAUGAGUCAUUGUCAUUUCAUUGUAGAUAUAAACGAGUGUGCAAGUCCAAGUCUUCAUGACUGCAUGCAAGAAUGUAACAAUGCCUUCGGUGGAUAUACAUGUGGAUGUUUUGAGGGAUAUGUCGAGAUAAAUGAAACAUCUUGUGCAGAUAUCGACGAAUGUGAACAAAGAACAGCUGAUUGUGAACAAAAUUGCAUGAAUGAACCUGGGUUUUACAAUUGUUACUGCAAUUCAGGAUACACUCUAAAUGAUGAUAGAUCAUCUUGUGAGAAAGUUUCAGAUCCAUGUUUGCAAUUCCAGAACUUGAACUGUUCCCAUUACUGCAAUGCUCUUGAUGUAGGUUAUGCUUGUGGGUGUAGAAAAGGGUUUCAAAUCUUACCUGAUAAAGAGACAUGUUCAGAUGUCAAUGAAUGUACCGACGCCGAUCUUAAUCUUUGUAAUAAUGUUGCGUCCUGCAGAAAUACGUACGGGUCUUUCACUUGUGAAUGUCCAACAGGGACGAAACUUGCAAAUGACAAAAGGACAUGCUUAGUAUGCGAUGAAUUCCAUUUUGGUAAGGAAUGUUCUCAGACAUGCAGCUGUUUACACGGAGUUUGUGAUAAGAAAACUGGUUGUGUAUGUGAUUCUGGUUGGAUUGGAAAUAACUGUAACAUUGACGUUGACGAAUGUACAGCUGGUCUUCUACGGUGUUCUGCUGCUAAUACAAGAUGUGUUAAUACAGCUGGCGGAGCUGUUUGUUCCUGCAAAACUGGCUACAUGAAUAUCUCUAAUCAGUGUAUUGAUGUAGAUGAGUGUAAAGAAUCUGCAAUGAAUAAAUGUGAUCAAGUUUGUGUCAACACUAACGGAAGCUAUACAUGUAAAUGUCAACAAGGUUUCACCAUGCUUGAAGGAUCGUGUCAAGAUAUUGAUGAGUGUAGCGGAAUAAAUGACUGUGAUCAGAUAUGUGAUAACACGAUAGGAAGCUAUAGAUGCUCUUGUCACGAUGGAUAUGCUCUCAAUCUAACAGAAAGAAAAUCAUGCAGUCCCAUAUAUGUGUGUACAGAAGAAAAUUCAUCAACGUGUGGGGAUAACGCAUUAUGCAUGAUGCAGGACAGUGAGAUAGAAUGUCGUUGUUUUAAAGGAUAUGUAAAAAAUAAUGACAUUUGUGUUGACAUAGAUGAAUGCAGUGAAACGCCUUGUUCCCACAAUUGCAUCAAUACUAAUGGCAGUUACACGUGCAAUUGUCAAAUCGGAUAUUUCCUUAAGGAAGACAAGGUCACAUGUCAAGUUUGUGACUUAUUCAAGUAUGGCACAAAUUGUGAAGACAUCUGCACUUGCGUAAAAGACAAUACGGACUUCUGUGACCCCAAGACUGGGCAAUGUUAUUGUAAAAAUGGUUGGACUGGUGAUAAAUGCGAUGAUGAUGUCGAUGAAUGUACGAAUAGUGAUGUUGUUUGUCCUUACAAUUCUGAGUGUUUUAACACGCCUGGCAGCUUUAAUUGUAAAUGCAACAUAGGAUAUCUUCAGGUAGCCUCUGGGGAGUGCAAAGUUUGUGAUAAUCGACACUAUGGAGAAAACUGCAACAGUAUUUGCAAUUGCCACAUCGAAAACACAGACUCCUGCAAUCAUACAAGUGGCGUAUGUACAUGCAAAAAGGGAUGGACAGGGGAAACAUGUUUGGAUGACAUAAACGAAUGCGAUACUGAUUCAUGUAGUGAUGUUUCACAUUCUUUCUGUGAGAAUAGAAAUGGGUCCUACGAAUGCAUAUGUAGAACUGGAUUUCGAGUUUUUGAGAAUUUCUGCAGUGAUAUAAAUGAAUGUGAAGAAGAUGCUUUUAACGCUUGUGAA